AUGACUGACUCGUUCACUCCACGAAGAGCAAAAAAUAAUUAUGAUCGUUAUCCAUCACCAUCAAUUGUUGACAAUGAUCGAUAUACACCACCACCAUCACCACCACCACUUGCAAAUUCCAAUAGAAAAAAACCAGAAACAUAUCAUCUCGGAACAAAAAAUAAUAAGAACCCAAUAGAUGAUGAUGAACCACCAUUUCGAUCAUCUUCGCCACCAAUUAAUAAUUCUUAUCCAUCAAAUAGUAAUGGUCCUGAAUUGUAUCAUCUGAAAACUGUAGAAAAUAAUAAUGAAAUUCAUGAUCGUCAGUCACCAUCAGUAUUUGAUAACAAUAAUCGAGUUUCACCAAUGCCUUUGCAAAAUUCUUCUGAACGAAAAUCAGAAAUGUAUUAUUUAAAAACAACUGAUGAAAAUGUUAGACAUUCACCACCUAUUAAGAAUAAUUAUGAAAAAACUAAAUUUAAUGAUAAUAUCAUGAAUUUUGAUAAUCAAAAUCCUCAAAAAGUUACUGUGUAUGUUUUGAAAGCAACAAAUCAAGAAAACCUAUCAUUAUCACCAGUACAACGUAGUCCAUCUCCAUCUCUUCUUCUCAGUAAAAGAUCAGAACCUGUUUCAUAUGAUACAAUCAGUAACCAUGCUAGAGACGAUGGGCUAAAUAAACGAUAUCAAUAUCCAACUGCACUUAAUACCAUAUCGACAAAUGUUCGUUAUGUACCAUUAUCACAAUCAAAAGCAUCAGAGAGUAUUCAACGAAGUAUGAUGAAAUAUCGGUUCAAUGGUUAUUGA